AUGGCUUUGCAGGGUGGCGGAUUGGCCAUUUACAACAGGGAAACCGGCCAAUUGAGUUACAAGGGUAACAAUAUUGAGCAUGAGUCUGCCAUAGACCGGUAUAGCGAUAUCGCAUUCUCCUGCAAUUUCUUAUUUGACAGCAAAGGAAGAUUUUGGUUUAGUGGCUGGGGCACCGGCUUUCCGUACGUGUAUUGUUAUGAUGUGCGCAGUCAGCAACCUGUUUUUGAAAAAUACGAGUUCAUCUCCAUUUUCAAAUCAUACAAUGAAGUAAACGGCUUUUUUGAGCAGAAAGACAGCACUAUCUGGAUAAUGGGCUUGAAAGUAUUUGGCCGUUAUCUUGAAGCAGAAAAGAAGUUUGAAUUGGUAUUGCCGGGGUACCAGAACGAAAGAAGCAUUGAUUACCGGCAAAUCACGGCACUAUGCGAAGACAAGGAAAGUAAUAUUUGGGUAGGCACCGGCAAUAACGGGUUGUUCCGUUUUAAUCCUUCACAGGAAUAUUUUACCAAUAUACGGCAUACCAGCAGAACCACGGGCACAUUGGGCGACGGCAACCCGCUUUCUUAUCUGCAGGAAAAGGAUGGCAGCCUGCUGGUGGGCACCUGGGGUGACGGAAUCUACCGCUACGAUAAAAACUUCAAUAAUAUUCCGCUGGGUAUUAAAGGCAUCCCGGAUAGAAACUUUGUGUCGGUAUGGGAUAUAUUUCCUUCCAGCGAUGGUAAUAUUGCCUGGUUCUCCUGCCAGCCAGGUAUCUAUAAAUAUAGCCGGCAACAGCGUACAGCUGUAUUCAUCAAUCCCCCGGCACUCACCAACCGCACCGUGCGGCAGAUUGCGGAAGAUAGAAAAGGAAACCUGUGGCUGGGCAUGCAGAAGAUAGGGCUGUUUAAAUGGGAUGCACUAAAGGGGAAAAACAAAUUUGAUGAGGGCAUAUCGAAGUUUGAUGCCAUCUCCAAUGUAACUAUCAACAAUAUCACCAUUGAUUCAAAAGGGUAUGUAUGGGUAGCUACUUCAAUAGACGGGCUGUAUGUGAUAGAUCCAGAAAAUGAUACUAUUUUGAUGCAUUUUCACGACAAAGCAAAAAAGGAACAACGUCUGAUAGAGGAAGGGGUAGCUGCAGUGCUGGAAUACAACGACAGCCUGAUGGUGAUUACUACGCCUACCCGUGUACUUAUUUAUAACCGUAACAACAAACGUACCCGGAUACUGGGUAGUGGAGAAACCAUGUCUGGUUUUAUUGCCAGCCUGCAGCGGGACAGCAUCGGCAACCUGUGGAUUAGUACCACAGCAGCCCUGUACCGCGCCAAUAUUAAAACCAGGGUAUUUGUGCGCUUCAACCGCGAUGAUGGUAUCACCAAUGACUUUUUCGUACUGUCCUCUUCGUAUAAACUGCCCGACGGAAGAGUUCAGGGUUAUGAACAGGUCUUUGCCGGUAGAUUCGCUGCUGCAAUUGCGGCAGCGGGUGUUACCGGCCAGGCUGCGCAGAUUGGCAGCGGUGGUUAUAUACUGCUGAAAACCUUCCCCGAUACCGUUAAAUACGCCAACGGCUAUAAAAGCCUUCCCAAAGACACGCUUUCUAACCUGGGCAGUUUUACACUGGCUUUCUGGAUGAAAGGCGUAGGCCCGGUAAAAGAUGGCGCGCAGGGCUUGUUCUCCAUCUCCAAUAAAAAUGAGUUUUGGGGCAAUCUUGAUUUAUUCCUGGAAAAUAAUGACAAUGGAUCUGAAGGCUUCCUGAAAAUUCAUAUGUUCAACUCCGCCGUGGCUUCCGGCAACGGAGAGCAGUGGAAUGAAUUGAAAAUACCCAAUAUGCUCAACAAAUGGACGCAUGUAGCAGUAAGGUAUGAUGCCGCCACUUCGCAACUGAGCUUAUUGAUUGAUGGUGCGGCUACUGCCAUCAACAACAGGGUACUGGCAGGCGGCAAUUAUGGAAAAAUCAAGUUCAAAGAUUUCAACGGCAUGGUGCUGGGUACCUACCAGUUCCAGACCUCACCAACGCUUACCAACCACGGACCAGAAAGCUGGGCCAAAUCUUUCAAUGGAGCACUUGACCAGUUCAGGCUCUAUAACAGGCCGCUCAGCAAUGCAGAAAUUGCCGACCUGUUUACUACAAAAAAAUAA